AUGGCUCGAACAAAGUUUCUCUCAGUUUUUUCAUUCUUUGCUUUGCUUUUUGUGCUUAGCAACAAUGGAGUCGAGGCUUCCCAUAAUGUUUAUCUUCGCUAUCAGAGUCUUAGUGUUGACAACGUGAAGCAAAUCCAUAGAACCGGUUAUCACUUUCAGCCUUCUAAGAACUGGAUCAACGGACCUAUGUACUACAAGGGGCUAUACCAUCUAUUCUACCAAUACAACCCCAAAGGUGCAGUGUGGGGCAACAUUGUCUGGGCUCAUUCAGUUUCAAGGGAUUUGAUCAAUUGGGAAUCCCUUGAGCCUGCAAUCUACCCUUCCAAAUGGUUUGAUAAUUACGGAUGUUGGUCUGGAUCGGCAACCGUCCUGCCAAACGGUAAGCCCGUUAUAUUCUACACGGGUAUCGUUGACGAACAUAACCGUCAGAUUCAAAACUAUGCAGUACCCGCAAACUUGUCGGAUCCAUAUCUUCGGGAAUGGGUUAAGCCCGAUGAUAAUCCGAUAGUGAACCCGGAUGCUAGCGUGAACGCUAGCGCGUUCCGUGAUCCGACCACUGCUUGGUGGGCCGAGGGGCAUUGGAAGAUUUUGAUUGGUAGUAGGAGGAAACAUAGAGGGGUGGCAUAUUUGUAUAGGAGUAGGGACUUUAAGAAAUGGGUUAAGGCCAAACACCCGUUACAUUCGGUUCAGGGUACGGGCAUGUGGGAAUGCCCGGACUUUUUCCCGGUUUCAUUAUCCAAUGGAAACGGUUUGGAUACUUCAGUUGGUGGACAGAAUGUGAAGCAUGUAUUGAAGGUUAGCUUAGACAUGACAAGAUACGAAUACUAUACGAUUGGUACUUAUGAUACAAAGAAGGAUAGGUAUUACCCUGACAAAGCCUUAGUUGAUGGUUGGGCCGGGCUUAGAUAUGAUUAUGGAAAUUUUUAUGCUUCCAAGACCUUUUUUGACCCAAGCACGAAUAGGAGGAUUUUGUGGGGCUGGGCUAAUGAGUCUGAUUCUGUUCAGCAAGAUAUGGACAAAGGAUGGGCAGGAAUUCAGUUGAUUCCGAGGAGUUUGUGGUUAGAUCCUAGUGGAAAGCAAUUGUUACAGUGGCCUAUUGCAGAACUGGAGAAACUAAGAGGUCACUCUGUUCAACUGAGCAAUCAAAAGCUCAAUCAAGGAGAGCGUGUUGAGGUUAAAGGCAUCACUGCUGCUCAGGCUGAUGUUGAUGUUACCUUUUCUUUCCGGAGCUUGGACAAAGCUGAGCCUUUUGAUCCUAAAUGGGCUAAGCUUGAUGCACUUGAUGUCUGUGCCCAGAAGGGUUCCAGAGCUCAGGGUGGACUUGGGCCAUUUGGACUCUUGACAUUAGCUUCUGAAAAGCUUGAAGAAUUCACUCCUGUCUUCUUUAGAGUAUUUAAAGCAGCAGACAAGCACAAAGUUCUCUUGUGCUCUGAUGCAAGGAGCUCUUCCUUGGGAGAGGGGCUAUACAAACCACCUUUUGCUGGAUUUGUUGAUGUUGAUUUAACUGAGAAGAAACUUUCGCUCAGGAGUUUGAUUGAUAACUCUGUUGUGGAAAGUUUUGGCGCUGGAGGAAGAACUGUGAUCACAUCCAGGGUUUAUCCAACUAUUGCAGUCUUUGACAAGGCUCACUUGUUUGUGUUCAACAAUGGAAGCGAGACCGUCACUGUGGAGAAUCUUAAUGCUUGGAGCAUGAACGUUCCUGUGAUGAACGUCCCUCUUACACGUACUCUCAAACGGCGAGUACAAAAGUGUGGAGCAUCGUCGUUUGGUCAACUCCUCCAACGAAUCUCAUUUGUCGAGUUUUUACCGUUUAUGAAACGGAGAGGAUCCGAUGUUAGCUUCUUUGUAUGCCCGGAUUCUUUAAUAACAUCAACGGUUGGGGAUGAAAAGGAAGAAAUAGAAGCAGAUGAAGAUGAGGCUUGGGGCUGA